AUGACUACCUAUAUGAAACUUGUUAAAGGAGCCACCAAGAUCAAGCUGGCGCCUCCAAAACUAAAAUACAUAGAACCCAUACUUCUAGGUUCAGCUGAUCCAAACGAUUUCCGUGAAAUAAUAAGAGCCCUAGAGGCAAGAAUCUCUGAUAGUGCAUGGACAAUCGCUUAUAAAUCGGUUAUCAUGGUUCAUUUACUAAUCAGAGAAGGUGACAAGAACGUAACACUGGACUAUUUAUCCAAUGAUUUAGAUUUCUUUACAUUGUCUUCUAGCAUAUCGAAUAAUUCUACAGCUGAAACAAGGUAUCUUACUAGAUAUGCCAACUAUUUGAAAAUUAGAUGCCAAGAAUUUGGGAAGACUAACAAAGAUUAUGUAAGAGAGGGUUAUUCAAAUUUGAAAUUAUCAACAGAUCCAUCUCCAAGAGAUUUACAAAAAGCUCUACAACAUGUAGAAUCAUUAGAAGUACAAAUUUCUAGUUUAUUAAAAUUGAAGUAUUCACAAAUGGAUUUGAAUAAUGAAUUAUUAUUAUUCUCAUUCAAAUUAUUGGUACAAGAUCUCCUUGCAUUAUACAAUGCAUUAAAUGAGGGGAUCAUUACACUUUUAGAGACCUUUUUCGAAUUAUCUCAUCGUAAUGCUGAAAAAACAUUGGAUCUAUAUAAGACUUUUGUCAACCUAACUGAACAUGUAGUCAAAUAUUUGAAAUCAGGAAAAUCAAUAGGAAUGAAAAUACCUGUAAUAAAACAUAUUACCACCAAAUUAAUUAGAUCCUUAGAAGAACAUUUAUUAGAAGAUGAAAGAACACAUAAUACAUUUAGUCAAAGUUCCACAAGCAUUGGUAACGGUACACCUGAUGCUACAAUCGAUAAUAAUAAUAAUAAUAAUAACUCUAAAGCAAGCGAGUCAAGUGCUCAGGUAAGAUUAGACCAAAUUAGAGAACAGAAGAGAAUUUUACAAGAACAAUUAAAUAAUCAACAAGUUUUAAUCUCCCCUGUUUCACCAACUUCUACUACCAAUACUUAUAAUCCUUUCUCAAUAGAUUCUGUGACACUAGAUCAAUCACAAUCACAUAUCCAAGCCCAAAUUCCAAUCGUUCAAUCUCAAACACAGAUCGCUCAAGCUACAAGUAAUCCAUUUAUGUUCGUACCUCAACAAACUACAUCUACAACUGCAUUCCAACAAACUGCCCCAAAUGUAUCUUCUCAAGGUCCCCAACAACAGCCAGCAUACCAACCCCAAACAUCUGCACCUGUGCCUGCACCUGCACAUGCACAACAACAAGGAUUACAACAUAUCAAUACUUUUUCUGCUUCUAAUCAAAAUCAAAUAGUACAGCUCCAUCACCCUUUCCAAACAUAUGAAACGACACAUGCUUUCCCAUCUGCACAACAACAAAUUCCUGACGGAUACAUUAAUAGUACCUAUAACCAACACACGACUGGUAAUAUUCAAAACAAUAAUAAUGUGCAACCGCAAACAAACAAUAAUAAUAUAUCGUUGAAUGGUGAAAAAAUCUUACAUCCACAGGCAACUGGAUCCAAAAAUCCAUUCUCAAUGGAUAAUAUAACGAAGAAUAUAGAACAACGUGAACAAAUUAACCCAUUCUCAACGACAAAUUUCGAAGAAUCGGAUAAUAAUCAAUUUCAACCCACUCAAAUAUCUUCUCAGAUAAACUCACAAUUACCAGCUAGUUCAUCGUCUAUCAACAAUAUUAAUAACCCAUUCUCUGUUUCAUCACCACAACUACAAUCACAUUCAAUGAACUUAGCACAAACUACAUACGAUAUACAAUCACAAAUGCCUCCACAAAUGCAAUCUCAUCAACUAAUACAGCAUACCCAAACAGCACCUUCCAUACCAAUUCAACAACACGGCACUGGAUUCAUGACAAAUUCGAAUAAUAAUAAUAAUAACAACAAUAAUAAUGUCGCAACGAUACCUCAAAAUAACAUGACAACAGAUCAACCACCACAGCAACAAUUGCCUCAACAAAUUCAGCAACUAAAUACGGAAUAUAAUCCAUUUGGAAUGCAAAAUCAAACGGCCUACCAACCUCAAAUGCAGUCUCAAAUGCAACCUCAACCACAACCGCAAAUGCAACAAUACAAUCAGUAUGCUAAUAAUUUCAACCAACAACAAACUCCAAACUUAAUUGACAUUUAA